AUGGGUCGGAGACCUGGGGCCACCGGGGAGCCGCGGCGACGAGAAGCACGCAGGCGGAAGGCGAAAGACCAGAACCCAGCCCGGCGUGGGGAGGAGGAGGCGGAUGUCCUUGAAGAUGAGAAACCCCCCAAAAAGACCUUUCUUUCCAAAGUUUCGCAAGGAAAGAAGAAAAGAAGCUGCCGUGAUCCUGGGGAUCCAGCCAAUGAAGGUCCAACGAAGAAGAAAGUGGCCAAGAUGACUGUUAAAUCCAGGCACCUCAGGGUUACAAAGGAUGAAGCCCUCAGUGAUGGGGAAGAUUUCAGGAACUUACCAGGUGCCCUUAAGAAGGCACAACAUCCAAAGAGAGAGACUGCCAUUGACAAAGAUAGCAGUGAAGGAGAAGACGAUGAAAGUGAAGAUGACUGGGAGGAGGUAGAAGAACUUAGUGAAGCUGUGACAGGUGACAUGGGAGAAAAUGCAACCUUCUCUAAAUCUGUUCUGCCCGUGAAUCCCGUUGAGAUAGAGAUUGAAACUCCGGAGCAGGCUAAAAUAAGAGAAAGGAGUGAAAGGGUAAAAAUGGAAUUUGAGACGUGUCUUCGGAGGAUGGUGAAACGCUUCAAUAAAGAAGUUCAUGAGGACACACACAAGGUUCACCUUUUGUGCCUGCUAGCAAAUGGCAUCUAUCGAAAUCGCAUCUGCAACCAGCCAGAUAUGCGUGCCAUUGGCCUCUCCAUCAUCCCAACCCACUUUACCAAAGUGCCACUGAGAGAUGUGAACGUCCGCUAUCUCUCCAACCUGGUGAAAUGGUUUAUUGGAACAUUUACAAUUAAUGCAAACCUUUCAGCCAAUGAGCAAGAUAGUCUACAGACUACAUUGGAAAGGAGAUUUGCUAUUUACUCAGCACGAGAUGAUGAAGAAUUGGUUCAUAUAUUUUUACUGAUUCUCCGGGCCCUACAUCUCCUCACCCGACUGGUGUUGUCUCUACAGCCAAUUCCUCUGAAGUUAUCAACAGCAAAGGGAAAGAAACCAUCCAAGGAGAGGUCCACAGAGAAUCCUGGAAGCUCCUCAGAAACUCCUAGCCAAGUUCCAGAAAACCAAACCAAACCAAAGGCCAGCAAAGGAACUAAACAAGAACAAACCUUUUCUAAAAGCACUGACAAUCCAAGUGCCAAAAGGAAGAGGGGCAAGGCAGCUACAGGAAGGGAGAAACAGAGAGAGCCCUCUUCCAGCGAGGAGGAGUGCAAAGGAAGAAAGCCGAAGGAGACCCAGAGACAGCGGCGUGGCCGGGAGCAAAGGGUGACCUCCCGGGUUUCUUAUAAAGAAGAGAGUGGGAGUGACGAGGCCAGCAGUAGCUCUGACUUUGAGCUCUCUGGUGGAGAAGGCCAUUCUCUAUCUGAUGAGGAUUCUGACCCAGGCCUUCGAAGGCAGAGGCGGGCUCCAGCUCCUCAGAGAACAAAGACAGGGUCCAAGAGUGACUCCCAGACCUGGCAUAGAAGCUAUCCCAAUCCCCCAACAGCAUCCUCAAGCUCUUCAAGCAACAAGAGAAGUGAGAAAAUUCCCAGUGGUGGUAAGGAGGUGGAAGGAGGGAAAGCAACUGGUGUCGACCAGUGGCUAGAGGUGUUCUGUGAGCAGGAGGAAAAGUGGAUAUGUGUAGACUGUGUGCACGGUGUGGUGGGCCAGCCCCUGACCUGUUACAAAUAUGCCACCAAGCCCAUGACCUACGUCGUGGGCAUUGACAAUGAUGGUUGGGUACGGGAUGUCACGCAGAGGUACGACCCAGCCUGGAUGACAGCGACCCGCAAGUGCAGGGUUGAUGCCAAGUGGUGGGCUGAAACCUUGAGGCCAUACCAGAGCCCAUUUGUGGAUAGAGAAAAGAAGGAAGAAUUGGAGUUUCAGGCAAAACAUCUGGACCAGCCUUUGCCCACUGCCAUUGGCACAUAUAAGAACCACCCUCUUUAUGCCCUCAAGAGGCAUCUCCUGAAAUAUGAGGCCAUCUACCCUGAGACAGCUGCUAUCCUUGGGUACUGUCGUGGAGAAGCUGUCUACUCCAGGGACUGUGUGCACACCCUGCACUCCAGGGACACAUGGCUGAAACAAGCAAGAGUGGUGAGGCUGGGAGAAGUACCCUACAAGAUGGUGAAAGGCUAUUCUAACCGGGCCCGGAAAGCUCGUUUGGCAGAGCCCCAGCUGCAGGACCAUAAUGACCUGGGCCUGUUUGGCCACUGGCAGACAGAGGAGUACCAGCCCCCUGUGGCUGUGGAUGGGAAGGUCCCCCGGAAUGAGUUUGGGAAUGUUUACCUCUUCCUGCCCAGCAUGAUGCCCAUUGGUUGUGUCCAGCUGAACCUACCCAACCUGCACCGCGUGGCUCGCAAGCUGAACAUUGACUGCGUGCAAGCCAUCACUGGCUUCGACUUCCACGGAGGCUAUUCCCACCCUGUAACUGACGGGUACAUUAUCUGUGAGGAAUACAAAGAUGUGCUCCUGGCCGCCUGGGAAAAUGAGCAGGCACUCAUCGAAAAGAAGGAAAAAGAGAAAAAGGAGAAACGGGCUCAAGGGAACUGGAAGCUGCUGACCAAGGGACUGCUCAUCAGAGAAAAGCUGAAGCUUCGCUAUGGGACCAAGAGUGAGGCAGUAGCUCCCCAUACAGAUGCAGGUUGUGGGCUCUCUUCUGAUGAAGAGGAAGGGACCAGCUCCCAAGCAGAAGCAGCCAUGAUCUUGGCUGCCUCUUGGCCCCAAAACCGAGAAGCUGAAGACCAGAAGCAGAAGUGCCCUAAGAAGACCAAAAGAGAAAAGAAAGAGGCAGCUUCCCAUCUGUUUCCAUUUGAGAAGCUGUGA